AUGGCAGGAGAUAAAUCUGAAAAAGAAAGUAUAGAUGCGAGGUUUGCUGGGAUCUCCAGCGAUCCUAAAUUCAAGAAUACAAGGACUAGAGAUCACAAGAUUAAAUUGGACUCUAGAUUCAGCAAGAAAGAUCUGGAGGUGCAGCACAAAUCUAAGGUUGACAAGUAUGGUAGAAAAAUCAAGGAUGCGCGCAACAACAAAGAAUUGGAGGAUUUUGAUAAAUAUUUCGAAAAAGAAGCUGAGCACGAUGAAGAUUCAGAGGUUGCUGCUAAAAUAGUUGUUGACCGUGCUCGUGGUGAGGUUCCUAGUGAUUAUGUUAGCUCCUCGGAUGAGUUUACCUCAUCAGAUUCAGAAUCUUCUGGAGAAAGUGAAGUAGAGAGCGAAGUAGAAGGCGAAGUAGAAACUGAAGAUGUUGCAGCAGAAUCUGGCGAUGUUUCUAAAACUUUGGCCGUUGUGAAUCUGGAUUGGGAUCAUGUGAAGUCUGAAGAUUUAAUGAUAACAUUUUCCAGUUUUGUCCCAAGAGGCGGUAAAAUUGAAAGAAUUGCCAUCUUUCCAAGUGAAUUCGGUAGAGAAAGAAUGGAACGUGAAGAAGUCGAGGGCCCUCCAAAGGAACUUUUCCAAAAAAAAAACAAGAAUAAACAUGCCAAGGAGAAAAAUUCCGUUGGCACUGAUUCUGAUGGAGACAUCGGUAUUAACGAUUUGUAUGAAGAAGGCGAUGCUGAUAAAGACGUGGAUUCAAGAGCUCUCCGUCAAUACCAACUAGAUAGAUUGAGAUACUAUUACGCCGUAGUUUGCUGUAGUGAUACUACUAGCGCUAAGGCCAUUUACGAUAACUGUGAUGGUACUGAGUAUGAAUCAACCGCGAAUAUGUUCGAUCUAAGGUAUGUUCCCGAUGGUAUGACUUUUGAUGAUGCUGCAAGAGACGAAUGUACCUCACUUCCUAAGAACUAUAGACCACAUCAGUUUAGCACAGAUGCCUUACAACAUUCGAAUGUCAAAUUGACUUGGGACGAAACCCCUGCUGAUAGACUCGAAGUUGCCAAGAGAGCUUUUACUCAAAAGGAAAUCGACGAUAUGGACUUCAAGGCCUAUUUGGCAUCAGAUAGUGAUGAAUCCGAUGAACAAGUCGAUGAGGACGCAAAAAAUAAGCUAAAAUCGCUGGUUGGCGGCCUUGACUUUAAUAUGAAGAAGAAAGGCGCCAAUGACGGUAAAGAAGAAGGAGAAGUUGAUAUGGAAAUUACAUUUACUCCUGCUUUAGAAGGAGAAAACGAGAAACCUAUUGAAGGCCAAGACGAAACAACGAUAGAAAAAAUAAGAAGAAAAGAAAAGGAACGUCGUAAGGCAAGAAAGCAGAAAGUAAAGGAAUUGAAGCAACAAUCCGAAAAAGAUAAAAAAAGCAAGUUGAAAUCUGUCAACAAAAAGCAUGUUGCUGAUGAAGAGGAAAUUAAGAAUAACGCCAAAUCAAAGGCAGAGUUAGAGCUUUUGAUGGAUGAAGAUGACGCCGAGACAGAGGGCUCAAUGAAUAGUAAAGCCCAUUUCAGCAUGAAAGAAAUUUUGAGGUCUGAAAAAGAAAAACAUAAGAGAGGUAGAUACCAAAAGAAGGAAAGAAUCGUUGAAGAUACCUUUGCACCUGAUUUAGAAGAUCCUAGAUUCAAAGAAGUUUUUGAAGAUCAUGAUUUUGCGAUUGAUCCUACUCAGCCUGAAUAUAAAAAUACACAAGCUAUGAGUACAAUUUUGAAGGAACGUGGCAAACGUGUCAAAGAUAAGAAAAGAAAACAUAGCGAUAAUGGAAAUGAUGUGGCAAAAAAUGGAGAUAGUAAAAAAAAUAUUGGUAAUUUGGUGAACAAGCUGAAAAAGAAAAAUAAAUCAUCUAAGAAGGUAAAGGUCUAA